AUGCCGGCUGCUACGAAGGAGAUAGUGUAUGCCGAUACCCACGCAAAGGGCAACUGGUCCGAAUUUCCGGACGGCGUUGAGGCUCAUAAACUCGGCACAUGCUCUGUCAUCGCAGUUGUCAACGAGGAAGGCUUUAUGCUCUUUAACGUUUCUUCAGAUGGGCCCAGGGAGCUCGCUGCUGCAAAAGAAUUCUGUGAGCUCUACAGAAGGGAAAAAGGGCGAUUCGGCAACAAGGGUGUCUGUGUGUGGAUUGUGUACGCUCAGGAAAACGCCCAUAAAGGGCGGCAGAUCAAGUACUAUACGGGGGAGAUCGAGCCUCGCAAAAUCUAUGAGCAGAUGUAUGACGGGGAAUCUUUCAUGAGAGCAUCUGGUGAAGCAGGUGCUCAGGUUUGCCUGAAAUUGGUGCAUGGGACUGUCGUGGCUACUUUGCGCCCGCAAGCCGGAAAUGGUUCUUCUAUCGAGCUUUCUGGGGAUGGGUCAACUGUGGUGUGGCCCAUGUAG